AUGGAGAACAGGGACUCCAUCAGUGACAGCGUGGAGAAGCCACCCCAUGCCAGCAGACCAGAUGGAAAGUGGCUGCCCUCUAUGCCAGAGGCCCUCCGCCUCCUCAGAAGCUCUGCCAAGCAGAAAGACUUGACCGCUUUGGAGCAAUCAGGAGCAAGGAGGACAGAUGUGCCCCCCUAUGGAGGUGUGUGCGGGUCUAGUCUGGAGCAGGAGCACAGCAUGCAUGGAAAGGGGGGUGCAAACCUGUUGCCCCCACCCCCAACACUGGUCCUCAUCCCGUCCGGCCCAGCAUGCAUCACCAGGAAUUACGUUCCUAGCAUAGAAUUCCUGAGCACGACAAUCAGCUGCGGCGGAGCCUUCGCGUCGGAUGCCCUCAGGUCUGCUGGGAGCAACGCCACGGCCAGGCCCUCCUCCUUCCUCUUGAUCGGCAUCCCAGGCCUGGAGGCGUUCCAGCGGUGGCUGUCGGUCCCCCUGUGCUUCAUGUACAUCUUGGCCGUGGUGGGGAACGCCGUGCUCCUCACGGUCAUCAAGACGGACCCCAGCUUGCGCGAGCCCAUGUACCUCUUCCUGGCCAUGCUGGCCACCACCGACCUGGUCCUCUCCACCUCCACCCUUCCCCUCAUGCUGGCCAUCUUCUGGCUGGGGCCCAGGGCCAUCAGCUUCCAUGGCUGCCUGGCCCAGAUGUUCUUCAUCCACGCCUUCUCCUCGGUGGAGUCCGGCAUCCUGGUGGCCAUGGCCCUGGACCGCUAUGUGGCCAUCUGCCUCCCCCUCAGGCACGCGGCCAUCCUAAAGACCUCCACCCUCGCAAAGAUGCUGCUGGCCAUCCUCCUCCGCGGCCUGGUCCUCAUCACCCCCUUUGCCCUCCUCCUCCAGAACCUGCCCUUCUGCGGACACCGGGUCAUCGCCCACUCCUACUGCGAGCACAUGGCUGUGGUCAAGCUGGCCUGCGGGGACACCACCGUCAACAGGCUGUACGGCCUGGCAGUGGCCCUCUCCGUGGUGGGCCUGGACGUCCUCUCCAUCGCCCUGUCCUACGCGAUGAUCCUCCAGGCCGUCUUCGCCCUCCCGUCCCACCAAAAGCGGCUGAAGGCCCUCAGCACCUGCGCCUCGCACUGCUGCGUCAUCCUCGUCUUCUACAUCCCCGGCCUCUUCUCCUUCCUGACGCACCGCUUCGGCCACCGCGUCCCCCACCAGGCCCACAUCCUGCUGGCCACCCUCUACCUCCUGCUGCCACCCAUGCUGAACCCGAUCGUGUACGGCGUGAAGAUGAAGCCGGUGCGGAACAGGCUGACACGUGUCUUCUGCGGCAGGGCGGCUUGA